AUCACGGGCAGCGCGUCUGCCGUCGAUCACCGAUCCCGAUUCUCGACAUCUCGUGAACAUUGAACAUUGUCGACUGCCGUUUGCUGCACAUCACAAUACACCAUUUUGCGCAUUCCCAUUCACCAUCCAACGUAUGUGUUACUGUGUUUGAUAUUAUAUCCAUUGGUUAUUAUCACUGUACACCCCGCCUUUUGAAUUUUAGGACAUUUCCUAAAAACUGCCAUAACAUCCGAAAUCCUUACGCCCGAUCAAAUAUUUGUAGUAGAUUAAGUAGAAUAAGUUAAAGGAAUUGAUUGUCACACGCGCUCCGCCGACGUCCAGGAGGAGUAUACAAGCCGGUGUAAAUUCGAUCCGUGCCCAAAGAAACUAGCCUGUGUGGUGUCUGUGCCCGUCCCCUAACGGACCAACGACACUUACAAUGGAGGCAUUGAUUCCUGUCAUCAACCGUUUACAAGAUGUGUUCAAUACUGUCGGCUACGAUGCCAUACAACUUCCUCAAAUUGUAGUUAUUGGAUCACAGAGUUCUGGUAAAAGCUCCGUAAUAGAAAGUAUUGUUGGUAGAUCAUUUUUACCCAGAGGUAUUGGAAUUGUUACUAGAUGCCCUUUAAUUCUUCAGCUUGUCAACUGCCCUUUGACUGAUAAAGAACAUAGAAGUUCUGAAAAUGGUACAGUUAAUUUGGAAGAAUGGGGUGAAUUUCUGCAUUGUAAAAAUAAAAUUUUCAAAGAUUUUAAUGAAAUACGAGAUGAAAUUCAAUCUGAGACCAAUAAGGUUGCUGGCAGUAAUAAAGGAAUAUGUCCUGAACCUAUUAGCCUGAAAAUAUAUUCCACACACGUGUUGAAUUUAUCGCUUGUGGAUUUACCAGGGAUAACUAAAGUUCCUGUGGGCGACCAACCAGACGAUAUUGAAUCUCAAGUGAAAAAUUUAGUUCUCAAAUAUAUUCAAAAUCCUAACUCAAUCAUUUUAGCAGUAAGUACUGCUAACACAGAUAUGUCAACUAGUGAAAGUUUGAAGAUGGCCAAAGAAGUAGAUUCCGAAGGAAAGAGAACUUUAGCUGUAAUUACUAAGCUUGAUUUAAUGGAUGCAGGUACUGAUGCAGUUGAUAUAUUAUGUGGUCGAGUGAUUCCUGUUAAACUAGGAAUAAUUGGUGUUGUUAAUCGAUCACAACAAGAUAUAAAUGACAAAAAGUCAAUUUCUGAUGCUCUAAAAGAUGAAUCUACUUUCUUGCAAAGAAAAUAUCCUUCAUUGGCAAACCGAAAUGGAACUCCAUACUUAACUAAGACACUAAACAGACUUUUAAUGCAUCACAUUCGAGAUUGUUUGCCAAACUUAAAAACAAGAGUGAAUGUUAUGGUUUCACAAUUCCAAUCACUUCUGUAUUCAUUUGGGGAUGAUGUAACAGAUAAGAGCCAAACACUGUUACAAAUCAUUACAAAAUUUGCUGCAGCAUAUUGUUCAACAAUUGAUGGUACUUCUAAGAAUAUCGAAACAACUGAACUAUGCGGCGGUGCUCGAAUAUGUUAUAUAUUUCAUGAGACAUUUGGCAAGGUUUUGGAUUCUAUUCAUCCUCUGACAGGCUUAUCAAAAAUGGAUGUAUUGACUGCCAUUCGGAACGCCACAGGCCCAAGACCAGCAUUAUUUGUUCCAGAAGUGUCUUUUGAGUUGUUAGUAAAAAGACAAAUACGUCGGUUAGAAGAACCAUCUUUGCGAUGUGUAGAACUUGUACACGAAGAAAUGCAGCGUAUGAUUCAACACUGUGGAAUUGAGUCACAACAGGAAAUGAUCAGAUUCCCUAAACUCCAUGAAAGCAUUGUUGAUGUUGUUACACAGUUAUUGCGUAGACGUUUACCUACAACAAAUGCCAUGGUUGAAAAUUUGGUGGCUAUUGAACUUGCGUAUAUAAAUACUAAACAUCCAGAUUUUCAUAGAGAUGCAGAACUCGUAUCACUGAUGAUGAAAAGCGCUGAAGAAGAUGAAUUUUCAAGACAACGCAUGUUGAGAAAAUAUAAUGUGAACAAUUCUGUUGCUGGAUGUGAUAAAGACAGUAUCGCCAGCACAGGAUCAUUGAAGAAAACGCCAAAACAUCAUCCAGCAGAUAUGAAUGGUGAAAUGAAUUCUGUUGAAUCGUCUCCAGCAACAACACCUGUACAUCAAGUACAAAAUGAAAGCAUGCCUUCAAAUGUACUCAAUAGUUUUAGUAACAUGGAUUUACAGAGUCCAUCCAACAGGAACCUAUCUGAGAAAGAACUACGUGACUGUGACGUAAUUGAAAGAUUGAUCAAAUCAUAUUUCUACAUUGUGAGAAAAUCCAUUCAAGAUAGUGUUCCAAAGGCUAUAAUGCACUUUUUAGUAAACUUUGUGAAGAACUACUUACAAUCAGAACUAGUCACACAUUUAUACAAAUCCGAACAAGUAGAAGAGUUACUGAAUGAAUCUGAACAUAUAUCUAAUCGCAGAAAAGAAGCCAUUGAUAUGCUUAAGGCCUUACAAAAUGCUAACAACAUCAUUAGUGAGAUUCGUGAAGUGCAUGUCUGGUGAACAUGUGAAGAAAAUUUGAUGUGUAGUAUAUAACUUUUAAAUAAAUCCUAAAUCAGUACAUUGUUACAAAUCCGCCAUUAUUAUUAUUACUACUAUUAUUAAUUGUAAUGUACAGACCAAAAUAACUUAGUACAUACUAUGGGGUACCUUUAGUGUUAAUGCCAAUCCCCACAAUGUUUUAAAAUGCAUAAGUUAUUACUUUGAACUUUGACCUUACACUUUUUAUGUGCAUGUAAUUACAAAGGACCAUUAAAAACUUAUUAGGUAUGAAAUUAUUUUUUGGUUCAAGUUUAGAAACUAGAUAUAUUUUUAGUAUUUUUG